UAUCUCUAAACCAUUAUUUAAUACAAUUCGUAUUGCGCUUUUAGUUUGAAAUAUUUGAGUAAAACCUGCACGCUCUAUUUUGUAAAUUGCCAAUAAUAAUGUAGGUUAAUGUCAAAAUGAAAAUUAAAGUGAUUUAAUAAUAAUAAACUAGUUUCUUCUUCAGUGUAAUUUAAUAAACAGUUAUGGCCGAAGAGAAAGGCGAAGGGCCGGAGGAUGUUGAUACCAUUGGUGUUUAUGUAGGGGGUCGAAACAUUGACGGAGAGCGGCAUGGUGAAGGGUGGGCUGUUCUACCAAACGGAGACUUCUACCAAGGAUGUUAUUGUAGGGGGAUGAGAAGUGGCAAGGGUCUCUAUGUAUUCAAAAAUGGAGCGCGAUACGAAGGAGAAUGGCGUAAAGCAAUGAAGUAUGGUGUUGGUACAAUGACUUAUCCAGAUGGAUCUCGGUAUGAAGGAGACUGGAGGCAUGACCUAAAACAAGGUUUUGGAGCUUACUACUACCCUAAUGGUGAUAUUUAUGAAGGAGCAUGGUUUAAGGGCAAACGUCACGGUUUAGGAACAUACCUCUUUGCAGAAUAUCAGAUCAAAUUUAUGGGCACGUGGGUUGAAGGUGUUAUCGAAGGUCCAGGUCAAAUUAUAUACCCUCGAGUGAGAUAUCACGGGUCCUGGUUGAGGGGAAAGCCAAAAGGACCUGGAUGUUUUGUGUUUGAUACCAACUGUAUGCAACAUGGUUUCUAUUUGUUAAUGAAAGACCCAACAUUAGAAGAAUUCGGCGAGGGUGAAGAAGAAAAAGAAGAUAAGGAAGUAAAAGAAGAAAGGCAAGAAGAGGGAGGGGAAGAGGAAGUUGAAAUAGACGAAACUAUGGGUAAGAUUUCCGUAUGGCGUGCACGGAAUGUGACAGCAUAUAUGGCUGAAUUUCUUCCACCUGAACCAGUGCCUCUACCAAUACACGACUCGAUACCUUCUCUCUCUGAAGAAAGUAUUGUAACUGAUAUUAUUCAGUUCGAGAUACCUUCAGUAGCUGCCGAAGAAGAAGGUGUUGAUGAUAGUGAUUCUUGGUUGAUGCAUAGACAACAAUUCCUCGAGGAAACUGAACAGAAAGGUUAAUACUACAAGCUGUGGAAUUAAUUAAUAGUAUUUUUCUGUGUUAGUAUUUCUGCUAAUAAUAAAAUAUACAGAUAUAAAAUAA